AUGGAAGGAACCAAUGUCACCCUGUUUUAUGAGUUCAUCAUUGUGGGAUUUCCAGGUCUGCAGGAGCACAGUUUUGCUUUCUUCAUCUUCUUCCUCAUCCUCCUCCUGGCCACAUUUUUGGCUAAUAUGGUCAUCAUGGUAUUAAUUGCCCUAGAUCACCGGCUCCACACACCCAUGUACUUACUCCUCUGGAACUUGGCUGUCUUAGAUGUACUGAUAACUGUCACUGUCAUACCCAAGUUGUUAGCAGUUCUUUUGGGUCAUGACAGGACAAUAUCCUUCUCUGGUUGUUUUACACAAAUGUAUUUUUUUAUCUCAUUUAAUAGUAUUGAAGUAUUCCUUGUUGCAGUGAUGGGUUUUGACCGUUAUGUUGCUAUUGUGAAACCUCUUCAUUACAACACCUUAAUCAGCAGUAAGGUUUGUGUUACAAUGGUAGCCUCAGUCUGGCUUCUGGGCUUCCUUGCGCCUUUAACACCUGUUGUACUGGCAAGCAUUUUGCAGUACUGUGGAUCAAAUCUUAUCCUGCACAUUGUCUGUGACUACCCCACUGUAAUGUCAUUAGCCUGUGGUGAUGUCACAGCACAAGUGAACUUUGCUUUAUCCAUUGCAAUGUUAUUUUACAUUCCUGUUCUGUUUGUUCUUUGGUCCUACUACAAAAUU